AUGCCCGCGCGCCUGUCCAGCAUGGAACCUGCGUCGCCCGAUGCCGACGCGCAGCAAACGCGCUCCUCCCCCGCCGACAACACCGAGACCACCGCGACCACGCGCCGCAAAUCCGGACGCGUGACCAGGAAGCCCGAGACCAUCUACUCGUCCGCGGCCACGCCCGCGACGAAGCGCAAACGUGGCGCCGACCGCCAGGCCGAUGCAAGCGACGAUGACGACCCGGAAGACGACGACGAGGAUGACGAGGAUGAGAGCAGCGAGAGCGACGCCGAUGACGAGGAGCUGCGCGACAAACGGCGCAAGAAGAAACGCCAGUCCGCCGCCAAGGCGAAGGCGACGCCUCAACGGAAGCCGGCCGCGAAGAAGAGCAAGCCCAAUGGCGACACGUUGAGCUUGGCCAUCCGCCCGGCGGCGAAGACGAAGAAGCCGCGCAAGCCUCGCCCGAGCAAGGUCGCGGCGGCCGAGGAGGUCGGCGGUCUUUACGGUGAGGUGUUUGCUGGCAACCAGAGCCUGAAUGAUGUCGCAGCGAAGUGGGUCCAGAGAUUCAGCGAGAAAAAUGCGGAAGAAAUGGCCGAGCUUGUCAACUUCGUCUUGAAGUCGUCAGGCUGUGACCUGAAGAUUGAGGUGCACGAUGUUCAGGACCCGGAUAGCGUGCCCAGCAAGCUUGGGGAUAUACAAGAGGAGUAUCAAGCACAAGACAUCGUUGAAUAUCCUUUGAUUCAAAAGGGCAAAGGGUCGGCGAACUUUCGUCAUAACCUGAUCGACUUCUUCACAGCUCUUAUCGAGACCCUCGCCGAGUCCGAACUCCUCUGGACGGAUCCCACCAUCAUUGAAAACAUUGACCUCUGGGUUAACACCAUGUCUUCAGCCAAUAGCCUUGGAGGAAAGCUCAUUGAGGCCAAUGCGAAGGCGAUGAGGCUGAAAGAGACAGAGGCUAAAAAGUCUGGCAAGAACAAGGCGAGAUUAGCCGAGAUGGAUAAAAAGAUUGAGGCAGACAAUGAAAGGUUGGAGUUGCUAAACAGUAUGAUCAAGAACUCCUUCGACGAGGUGUUCAUUCACAGAUACCGCGAUGUCGAUCCAAGGAUACGAGCCGAAUGUGUCACUGGACUCGGCAACUGGAUCAUAACCUAUCCCGACAAUUUCUUCGAUGGCCAACACCUCAGGUAUCUUGGAUGGGUUCUCUCCGACGCCCACGCACCUACCAGGUUGGAGGUUGUGAAGCAGCUGCAGAGGCUAUUUGAAGAUACUGACAAGCUUGGUGGGCUGAGGACAUUUACGGAGAGAUUCCGCUCACGAAUCGUGGAGAUGGCAACACAGGAUGCGGACGCCCAUGUCCGUGCCGCCAGUGUGGACCUUCUCGACCUUCUUCGCCAAGCUGGCUUGAUUGAACCGGACGACGUGGAUUCUGUGGGAAGGCUCAUAUUCGAUGCUGAUCCCCGUGUGCGAAAAGCUGUUGUCGAAUUCUUUUCCGAAAACAUCGCCGAGAUCACUGAACAGAGGAUCGAUGAACUCGGUGGUAAGGAAGCACUGGAUGAAGCAUUGGAAGGAGAUGAAGAUUACGAAAACCCCAGGCUGGAGUGGCUCAAGCUGAAGUCCUUGGUGGAAUCGUUGUCCGCGUACGAUGAUGAGGGUCAAUCCCUGCCUAGCCAGAUUGAGCGGGUGCCCAUGUCGAAUAGCUACAUGCUGGUCGCAGGCGGCAUGGAAUCACGAAUUUGCGUGGCUGCGGAGGCGCUGUACGAUGAAAUCCCUGAGAUCCAGGAAUGGGAGGUGAUAGCUGGCUAUCUUCUCUUCGACCACUCGCAAUCUACGGCAGGCGCCCAGCAGAACGGCGCGGCAGACGACCCUGAGACUCUGCUGAAAGAGGAAUGCAAGCUGAACGAGAAGGAAGAGAUUAUCCUCUUGGACAUUCUCAAUGCAUCCGUAAAGCUCAAGCUCACGCGCGCCGUGGAAGCCGGAAAGGAUAAGAAGAAGAACAAGCGCGAAAAGCAAGAAUUGGAAGAAGAACAAGAUGUUGCCGCACGUCAUCUUGCUACUCUCAUCCCUCGUCUUCUAAACAAGUUCGGCGCUGUGCCUGAUGCUGCCUCCGCAGUACUGCGCCUGGAGCAUGUUCUGAACCUGGAUGUGUUCCAGGAGCUCCGUCAGGAUUCAACUACCUACUCAAAAUUGCUGGACGACAUCAACAAGCAAUUCUUGAGCCAUGGCAGCGAAGCUGUACUCGUAGAAGCAAGCCGCGCGCUGCUGCAUGCUAAGAGUUAUGAGGAGCUGAGCGAGAUUACAGAGGGCAAGUUGCAAGCUCUUUGGGAAGACACAGUUACGGCAUUACACGCUUUAAAGAAGGGUAAGGGUCUGAUGAUGCGCGGAAACCUCAGCGCAAAUGUGCUGUCUGCUAUCUCCAACACCGUGCUUCGUAUAUCGAAACUGGCCAGCAUAUCCGAUUGUACUGAGCCUUUGGAAGCACCUCCUCCAGCAGUCACGGCGAAGAAACAGAGAAGCAGGAAGAGCCAAGAUGCAAACCCGGCUGAAAACGCCAUUGCCAUCCUUACCGAGCUUCUUCAUCGUGGUGUCCCCAACUCUUCAACAGACACCUCGCUUUCCGCAUUGGAAGACGCUGUGGUUGCAAAUUCUGCUCGUUCCCUGCUGUUUUACUUCAUGUGGAAGGUCCGCUCGUGGGAGCAGUCGAUCAUCACCACUGGCACUGUGCCACCGGAGGACGUUGAGGCAAUUGCAGAGCGCCGCGACGGCUGCGUCGCCGCGCUCGAAGAGGUCAUCCGCAAGCGCCAGGGCGCCGAUGAGUUGCGUCUGGCAGCGGCAGGCGUGCUGCUGGACCUCAGCACACUCUUCACCACGCUCCGCGAUGCACAAGCCAAGCGCGACGCGAAGCGCAAUCGCGAUAAAGCCGCCGCAGCCACCAACGGCAACGCUGCUGCAGAUAUGGAAGUCGACGAAGAUGAAUCCCAGGACGACUUCAUGGCGCUGCUUCUCGAACUCAGCACGGACACUCAAAAGGCACUGCUCCAGCUCCUCGCCGCCGCGGAGAAGCACUUUGCCAAGAAAUCGCACCGUAAUAUCGACGUCGCCGACGAUGACGAUCCCAUCGACGUUGACGACGAUCCGGAGAGCUCAGACGAGGAGGAGGACGCGGAAGACGAGGAAGGCGCUAACGGAGCGACGAACACUCAGGAGGUUUUGUUCGCGGAGCAGCGCCUCUGCGAGCUGGCGUCCAAACUCGUGCUCGCCAUUCUCGGCGGCGUAGUCGACGGACCUGGCGACGACGAAGACGAGGAAGAGGCGGAUAGAGACGACAGCGGCCCCGGCCCCGUGCGUAGGCGCCUCGAGCGCAACAAGAACAAGCUUGGGCCGAACUUCAAGGAGGUGCUGGCGUACCUGGACGCCGGGGCGGAGAAGGGACCGAAGAAGGGGAGGGGUGCGAGGGCGAAGAAUAGGAGCGUCAGCGCGCCCCCGAACCAGCAGAAGAGUGGUGGCGGUAAGAAGAGCGAGAAGAGCAACGAGUUUGUGGGAGACGACACGGAUGAGGAAGAUGAGGAGGAGCACCAUGACGAGGAAGAGGAAUUGAGGAGGGAGGGCCUGGUUGAGGAUCCGGACCAGGAGAUGGAGGAUGAGGGUGAGAAGGAAGGUGAUGGCAACACAGCGCAGGAGGCGGAGGAGGAGAGUGUGAUUGGCGACUGA